AAAGAAUGAAGAUGGGAGAGCAAAUUGUAAAGGGGGAGAGUAGUAGAAGAGUGAAAGAGUAUAGGAGGAGAGGAGGAAACAGAAGAAGAAAUGGGGUCAGCAGGGUCAUCAGUUCCUGCUCUCUUUCUUCUCCUCUCCAUCUUUUUCUUUAUUGCAAGCAUUAAAGAAGCAGAAGCAGCGGCACACCGACAACUCCAGCAAUCCGACAGAGUAAUUAAUCUGCCCGGUCAACCCUCAACCCCCUCCAUCUCACAUUUCUCAGGCUACAUCACCGUUGAUAAAGAUCGUGGGAGGGCCCUCUUCUACUGGUUCUUUGAAGCUCAAUCUCACCCGUCCAACAAGCCUCUCCUUCUUUGGCUUAAUGGAGGUCCAGGGUGUUCUUCUGUAGGAUAUGGUGCAGCUACUGAGCUCGGUCCUCUUAGGGUUAAGAGCAAUGGAGUCGGCCUUGAGUUUAACAAUUUUGCUUGGAACAGAGAAGCCAACUUAUUAUUUGUGGAAUCACCGGUGGGAGUUGGGUUCUCUUACACCAACACAUCCUCUGAUCUCACCAAAUUGGACGAUGGAUUCGUGGCUGAGGAUGCCUACAGUUUCUUGGUGAAUUGGCUUGAAAGAUUUCCGCAAUAUAAGACCCACGAUUUCUUUAUAUCAGGAGAGAGUUACGCAGGACACUACGUUCCUCAGCUGGCUGAGCUUGUUCAUGAUCGAAACCAAGACAGAAAGUAUCCAUUCAUUAACCUGAAAGGUUUCAUUGUGGGGAACCCAGAAACGGAUUUUUUCUAUGACUCCAAAGGGUUGCUGGAGUACGCCUGGAGUCACGCCGUGAUAUCAGACCAAGUGUAUGAGCGAGCCAAAAAAGUAUGCGACUUCAAGCUCUUGAACUGGAACGACGAAUGCAUCGACGCCAUGAAUGUAGUGUUCAGACAAUACAGUGAAAUCGACAUCUACAAUAUUUAUGCCCCGACGUGUCUCCUCACCAAUGCUAGUACUACAUCUUCUCAUCAUUCCAACAAGGUAAACCAGGUGGAAGAGAAUUAUGGCAUGAGGAGGAUCAGAUUAACUCUGGGAGCCGAAGGCUACGACCCUUGUUAUUCUAAAUACACAGAGGUGUAUCUCAACAGGGUUGAUGUUCAAUCAUCACUCCAUGCCAACGCCAAACAAACAUGGAAGGUCUGCAAUGAAUCCAUAUUACAGACAUACAAUUUUACAGUCUUUUCCACCAUGCCAAUCUACACCAAACUCAUCAAAGCUGGUCUCAGGAUAUGGGUCUACAGCGGGGACGCUGACGGCAGAGUGCCGGUUAUAGGCUCAAGAUACUGGACCGAAGCUCUGGGUCUGCCUCUCAAAGAGCCCUGGCGCUCUUGGUACCACCACAGCCAGGUUGGAGGGAGGAUAGUGAAGUAUGAAGGUGGAUUAACAUUUGUGACAGUGAGAGGGGCAGGCCACUUGGUACCUCUCAACAAGCCUAGCGAGUCUCUUGCCCUCAUCAACUCUUUCUUGUCCGGCCAAGACCUCCCUUCUAACAAAUAAAAUUCCUGCAACAGCUUUGAGCAUACUGCCUGGCCAAAAUACACCAGGAGAUUUUCUUUCUUUUCUUAUUGGUGGAAGCGAAUAUUUACGAUUCAAAGGUUCAUGUGAAUCUCUCUUUCUCUAUUUCUCUCUCGGAUGGGUGAUGUAACAAGUGAAUGAUAGAGAGGAUUAGCUGGACAAGGACAAAUGUGAAGGCAGAUUGUAGCAGAUUCUUAUACUUUCUCUGGCCUCUCUGUCCAAAUCCAACUCCCCAAGAAAAAAAGAGAUAAGUGCUAGCUUUGAUCCCUUCUCUGUACUAGUGUAGUGAUUACACAGAGUCCCCUCAUGCUUUAGGAGUUUAGACAUCAGGAGAAAACUGAAAAGAGCAUUGACCUUUUCAGGGUAUUUGUUGGGUUUUAAAUAAAUAACUUGCCACACCGGUGGUUUAGUAGAAAAUAGAAAUGGGCAAGCAUUCUACUUUUUUAUGCCGGCCGGCUGCACCGCUUUGACUGUGAAUUUGUGAUACGGUACGGUUGAAAAAUGAAAAAGAGAACCAUAAGUUGUUUUCUUCUGAUGCUACCCAA